GCCAUUUGCUGCCACAAGCUGUGCGCGCCCUCCAAAGUCCUGUGUCUUGUGUAGAGAUUCUGAUAAGCCGCUCUUGACUUCUGCUGUAUACCCGGUGUUGCUCAGAUUCCCAUUCCACCACAUCCAGUCGCCGCUGGAUCAGCACAACAUGGCGCCCGAGAAGACAGCAAAGCGCAAAGCGCCCUCCACAGUCGCAGACUUCAUAGUACUGCCGCUGACGCUCCCCACACUAUCUGGCCUGCCCGCCGCCCACGAAAACACAACACACUACCUAUACGUCAAACCGCACGAGCCCAGCACAUACUCAGCUACCGCAGAGCGCAGCCUUUUCAUUGCCAAUGUCCCCAUCGAUGCCUCCGAAUCCAACAUCCGCGCCCUCUUCGCCGAACAGUUGGGCGGCGCGCGAGUAGAAAGCGUCGAUUUUGACGCCUCAGUCCCUGCGCGCCCACUGCACAAGCGCUGGAAGCAAGACAAGCGCGGCGACAGCGAAGACGAAAGCGAACAGCGCAGCAAGAAACGCAAGCGCACCGACGACGUCGUCGCCGAGGGCGUCAUCGAGGACGACGAGAGCGCCCUGCCCGCGCUGUGGGCGCGCGAUGUACAGCGCAGCGGCAGCGCCGCAGUCGUGACCUUCGUCGACAAGCGCAGCGCCCGGGGCGCCCUGAAAGAGGUACACGCCGUCGCGAAGAGCGCGCGCUCGCUGCCGUGGAAAACCGGCGGCCCGCUGGGGCUCGAACGCUACAAAUCGCACCUCGCGCUCGUCCACCCCUCCCCCGCCUCCCUCCAGUCCAGCAUCAACGCCUACCUGUCCCAAUUCACGGCCCUCGAAACCCAGCGCGCCCGCCUGCUCAAGCACGCGCGCACCGUGCCCGACGCCGACGGCUUCGUGACCGUUGCGCGAGGCGGGCGCGCAGGGCCUGCGCGCAUCGAGGACGCGGAGCGCAAGAAGGCGGAGCUGGAGGAGCGGCGCAAGAAUAACGGCGUCAAGGACGACUUCUACCGCUUCCAGAACCGCGAGAAGAGGAAGGAGGCCGAGGUCAAUCUGAGGAUACGGUUUGAGGAGGACAGGCGCAGGGUGCAGAGGAUGAGGGAGAGGAGGGGGCGGGUGAGGCCGGAGGCGUAGGUGGGAAAGGAAAAGGAGGUGUAGGUGGAGAUGUACGCGUGGUCGUAGACGCGGAGGUGGGCGCUGGUGGAGACCGUGCAGUGCAGCAGCGAUCCCUAGUAGCCAUUGCAUUCAUGUCCGCGGGCAGUGUCCGAUCAGACGUGCCUCGCAUUUUCAAUCUUAGAUUCACAUACUCCACGCAUCAGUCACUGCAACCUUCUACGACUAUGUUAGAGUUGAAGCCCACGUCCACGUCCAAGUCCAAGUCCAAGUCCAAGUCCAAGUCCAAGUCCAAGU